GUCUGUAUAAAUAGAGUCUUUUUUUUUUGUAUAUUUUUUUCUCUUCUUUGUUUCUUUCUUAUUUUUUAUCAUGCCUACUAAACCCAUCGAUAGAAAACUCAAGAAGAGAGAGAAUAAAGCAAAAGGAACAAAAGUUUCCAAACAAGCUGUAAGAUAAAUUCAUCCUAUAAUAUAUGUAUCUCAUCCAUUCAAUAGCAUAAAACACCUGUACCAGCUCAUUCUUCUGUUGGUUUGAAGCAACCUAAAAAAAUGAAUAAGACUUCAGUUGCUCGACGCGUUCUUUCUCUAUCGAUUGUUGCUUAUUUAGGUUACAACUUUUUACUGGGUUGUGGAUCUCCUUUAGAUCAAAACAGUCAAAAACCGGCUGUAUGCGAAGCCAUCGAUCCCAUUAAACUUGACCUUAUGGCACUCUAUCAAUCAGAGUUUUAUCAAUACAAGGUUCAUCCUCAUCUCCUGCCUGUGCUUAACACGGCCACUGACUACUAUGAUCAAUACGGUGCUCCUCAACAAGCCAAAUUAGUCCAUCUCUAUAACCAGCAUGGCAAACCUGUUCUCAACAAAGCCCAUGUCAUGUACCAAGACAGGCUCUUGCCUACACUGCUGCCUUACCUGGACACAUGCAAAAUAUACCUCGAUCAAGCCAAGAUCUAUGCCGACCCUUAUGUUGCCAAAGCUACCCAAAAGGCCUUGUUAGCACAAGAGGCUAUCGAAUACCAAUGGCACCAUACCCUUCCUCCUCAUGUCCAACGCGCUUGUGAUGCCACGUUCCAUACGGUCAAGGAGUGGUAUGAACGUGCUGAACAGACCGAUAUGGUACCUAUCUUGCUUGACUUUUAUUGGCACCUGGUCGAUUUUAUGCAAUACCAGUUCUGGCCUGCGAUUCAGUCCAGUCAUGUGACGCACAAACUCAAGUCAGAGUAUGAUCAGUAUCUGAAGCAGUAUGUAGAUCAGCAUCUAAAGCCUGUUUGGGUCAAGUACAAUGAUCAAGUGCAUCUAGAUCAAUGGUUGGCUCAUGUGUUGGCUGUCUUGCCUCAAAGAACAAUUCAGCAAGCCACGUCGGGUUCCUUGAUGGCACAGACCAAGACAUCUACAGUGCCUACAACCACACAAGACAUUCCUAUCACACAAAAGGUAGUAAGUCAACCUACUUUGGCCGAGACGAUUGGUAUCAACCAUGAUGAAGACAUUGUAAAGGAAACAUCAGUUGCUUCAGCUACAAAAGCAGUGGUUACUGAAAACCAUGUAGUACCCGUGCCUGAAGAAAAAGAACUGUUUGAACAAAACCCAGUGCCACCUCAAUCUCCUACUCAUUUUGAUGCACAAGGAAAGGAAGACGUGCUUGAGCAAAAGGUAAUCAAACCUGUGAAAGAAAACGUAGAGGCCGUAAAGGAGAAUGCAAACACAGAAAAACAAGUGGUUGAGGAAAAGGUAGAGGAAGCAAAAAAGGCUGCUGAUGAAAACAUAGUCAAGCCUUUAAAGCAAGCUAAGGAGCAGGUUAUGGAUCAUGUUGAAGAAGCAAAAGAUGCUGCUAAAGUCAAGAUGGAAGAUGUCAAAGAAAUCAUGGAAGACAGAGUAGUUGAUAUCAAGCAAACUGUUGAAGAAAAUACCAACGAAGCUAAAAAACAACAGAAAAGGUUAAAGAAGUUGCUGAAGACAAAGCAGAAGAGGUUAAAGAAAAUGCUCAAGAAAACGCCAAGAAAGCAAAAGAUAGUGUAAUUGAUGUCAAGGACUAUGCUGAAGAGAACAUU